AGUAGUAGUAAAUAUUGACAUGGUGUCAGCUGAUCACCACUCACAUGACAGCAAUCAGCUAGUUUUGCGUGCUACUUCUCAACUUCCAUGCCAUUUAGUAGUUCUAUUUCAAGGUUUCGAUCUUAAAAACUGCGUCGGAGUGAUCAGUCGUCAUUUAAAUGUGUGAUACCUUAAUGUAGCUUGCUGGCAGACUUGUUCAUUUGCAAUCGAGGGCCUUCCAACUGGUUUGGCUGCACCGUUAUCCAGCAGGGCAUGUGAGAAAAUGGAUAAGAUUGCUAAAGAUGUUGGUGACAUCCAAUCUCGACUGAUAGACCAUAGACCCAUCACCCAGGGAGAGAUUCGCUACUUUGUGAGAGAAUUUGAGGAGAAGCGAGGUUAUCGCGAGGGACGACUACUGGAGAACAUCAACAAGAUGGUAGUUGAGGCCAACGAACAAGUGAUGCCCAAGUGUUUACAGGGGAUGCACGAGCACCUUUUUGAUGUCAGCACAAGACUGGAGGCUGCCAAUCACAUGGCUCAGAGAGUCCAGCAGAGGGAGCUAGAUGCACACCAGCUUUCGCUUUCUCACCUCAUGAUGUCAUCCUCCUCCUCCUCCUCGCCCAGCGCGCCCAGCUGCAGGCGGGCUCCGGGCAGGACAAGGAGGCCUGGGAGGAGUUCCUGCGGGAGCAGCAGAGGCUGAAGGACCAGGUGGACGAGGAGCACGCCAAGGCCGUGGGGCGCCUCAGCACCCAGUACAGCGAGAUGAAGAAGGACCUGGAGAAGAUAGCUCCCUUCUAGGGACCUUCCGCCUUUAAUGGAGGGGGGGUGAAGGAUAUGCUCAUAGUGCAGAAUGUUCCUCUUUAUCUUGCUUUGUUUUUGGUGUGUGUGUGUGUGUGUGUGUGUGUGUGUGUGUGUGUGUGUGGGGAGGGGGUUAAUAUAUCUGAUGCAGGUGAAAACGGCUCCGCCUGUCAGAAAAGACUGUGGCAGCCACAAAUGCAGUAUAAAGCCUUUGGCCAUGCAACCAAAGGCAACAUUUUGUUAAUAAAAAAAGAAGUGUGAAGUCGACAGUGUCAGAUUGACGGGGCAUCAAAUACACUGUCUUGUGCACAUGGAAUUAAAAGGCAUGCUAAUGAUC